AAGUAGGCACCCCAGUAUACAGAGGUCAUGAGAGAGGGGCAGGAUAAACCGCAGGAGGCAGAGGCUAAUAGGGGAGGGAUAGUUUACGGGGUGGAAGAUAUCCCCUCCCCCCACCUUUGCUUUCUGUUCGCUCUUCAACAAGCCCUACUUUGUCUAGGAAGUACGCUGUCCAUACCGUUCAUUCUGACUGAACUUCUCUGUUCCCGAGACAAUGCUGACGCCCGAGCCCAGCUUCUCUGUAUCACGAUGUUUAUGUGUGGAGUGGCCACCAUACUACAAACUACAACUGGUAUAAGACUCGGCAUUAUUCAGGGAGGAUCUCAUACUUUUAUAGCACCAAUCGUCGCCAUGAUGUCAAUCCAGAAAUUCAGAUGUCCGGAUGUCAGUGCUUUACAAGAAAACGCAACUGUAACUGAUCGGGAUGAGGUGUGGCAAUUUCGUCUUCGUGAGAUACAAGGGAAUUUAAUGUUGGCCUCAGUAACCCAGGUUGUGUUGGGUUGUACCGGGUUGAUGGGUUUUUUCCUUCGGUUCAUUGGUCCCCUGACAAUUGCUCCAACCAUCUCCUUAAUCGGUCUGUCUCUGACUGCAGUAGCUGCAGACUUCAACAAAAUACACUGGGGUAUUUCUAUUCUGACACUAGUUGUUAUGGUUGCCAGCAGUCUGUAUUUGGGUGGAUUCCAGAUUCCGUUUCCGGCUUACUCAAGAGAAAAGAAAUGUCACGUGACAAAAUAUCCGUUCUUUCAACUAAUGCCUGUUCUAAUAAGCAUCAUUAUUAGCUGGAUUCUGUGCCACGUCCUGACCGUGACUGACGUUUUCCCCAACAACGUCACCUCGGUCAAUUACUACGCAAGAUCUGAUGCCAGGCUUGACGUUUUAGACUCCAUGCCCUGGUUCUAUUUUCCAUAUCCAUUUCAGUUUGGGAUGCCCACUUUUUCGGCCGCUGGGUACGUGGGCAUGCUUGCCGCCACUUUGUCGUCUGUGAUAGAAUCUAUUGGCGAUUACUUUGCGUGUGCCAGAUUAUCUGGGGCACAACCCCCACCAAUUCACGCGCUCAAUAGAGGAAUUGCUACAGAGGGGUUCUCUAGCAUUAUUUCAGGGAUGGUUGGCGCGGGACAUGCAACUACCUCUUACUCCGGCAACAUCGGGGCGAUUGGCAUCACAAAGGUUGCCAGUCGAAGAGUGUUCCAGGUGGCGGGCUUGAUCUUGCUGGUAUGUGGCAUUAUCGGUAAAUUUGGUGCGGUCCUGACACUAAUUCCGGAUCCUAUUAUUGGUGGUAGUCUCACGGUGGUGUUUGGGAUGGUGGCAGCCGUGGGAAUAUCUGUCCUGCAAUUCACGGACCUGGGAUCUACAAGAAAUCUCACCAUUGUAGCUGUGUCCAUUAUCUUGGGAUUGAUGGUUCCGCAGUGGCUACAGAGUAACCCUGGCGCCAUUGAUACCGGGAACCGUGAUUUAGACCAGGUUCUGGAGGUUCUCUUAGGUACUGCUAUGUUUGUGGGAGGAAUACUUGGAUUUAUACUGGACAACACAGUACCAGGUACACCGGAAGAACGGGGACUAGUCAAAUGGCGAGAGAACACAUAUUCCUCGGGGAGUGCACAAGAAUUGACGCCAGUACAGUACGAAUGGCCAUACAUCACAAAAUAUAUAGGAAAACUAAAGUGUUGUUCAUAUUUCCCUGUAUCUCCGAGCUUCAAAGAAAUCCCUAUCGUGUGCUGUGGCACCCGUGGCCAAAUCACCGGUACAGAGGAAGAGAUGGACCCUGAAAACACCAAUCUUUGAUUUGUAGUGUUGUAGAGAAAAAGAGUUGCAUAAUGAUAUUCUGUUGUUAAAUGUUCUAAAGUUACAGAUUUUGUUUAAUUUACUUAAGGAGAAGAUAGUGACCUGUUGUAUGGGGUCCCGAUAGGGCCAUUUGCAAAAG